AAUGGGAGGCUUUUAAAAAUAUCCAAUUCCUCGUUAUGUGUUGGUAAUUAUCUAUUUAUAAAUGUAUCUAGAGUGAUGCCUGGCUUUACAAUAGACAAUGGUUUAGACAUUCAGUACAUGUAGCAAUUCCAACAUUAAUUCUCUCAUUCCUAAUUUAUAGAGGAGGAGUAGCAUCAUAGACACAGAAGAUGGGAGAAGACUAUUAUGUUGAUCCAUAGGAUUAUCAAUCACCAAAGAAAUUGAUUUUCUGAG